AUGGCGAAGAUAAUGAACAACGCCAACACCCUGCGCAAAGCGCUCCAUACAGGAUCUGGCCUCUCCUUUGGUGCCUGGCAAAUGUUGCCAGGAGCAUACCUCUCCAGGGUCAUCGCCAGAGCCGGCUAUGACUGGGUCUGCAUUGAUUGCGAGCAUGGCAACAUCGCAGACAACGAGAUGCACGAGUCUGUCCAUGCCCUCGCCUCUAUAAACGUCAGCCCCAUUGUCCGCAUACCUGCGAACGAGGGUUGGAUGGUGAAGCGCGCCCUCGACGCCGGCGCGCACGGAAUCAUUGUCCCACUCCUGACGAGCGUCGACGAUGCGAAGAAGUUGGUUCAGACUGCCAAAUUCCCACCGUACGGAAAGAGAGGAUUCGGUAGCCCAUUCUCCAUGGGCUCGUUCGACAUCCAGGGAAACCUCUCCGGCUUUGAUUACAUGACGAACGCCAACGAUAACCUCCUGACAAUCGUACAAAUCGAGACGAAGGAGGCGUUGGAUUGUGUCGAGGAGAUUGCCAAGGUAGACGGAAUUGACGUUUUGUUCAUCGGUCCUUGGGAUCUGGGAAACAACAUCGGACACCCCGUCACGGGAGAUUUCAGCCCCGAGCUGCAGAAGGCCAUUGCCAGAAUCCUUAAGGCCGCCCAAGAUGCAGGGAAAAAGUCGGGUAUUUACUGUCCUUCUGGCGAGUUUGCCAGACGAUAUGCGGACAUGGGUUUCCAGAUGAUCUCCGUGGUGAACGAUAUGACUGCCCUUCCGACAUUUAUGGCGGACUCCUUAUCGAAAGCAAAAGGGACAUAUGGCCAUGCCGCCGCACAAGCCGUUAAGGGAGCUGCAUAUGGUGCGGCCAAAUUAGCGACUGGGGAGAAAUAA